UAAUGGUUAAGUGAAAAUAAGCUUUGACGUCGCACCUCUUUUGUCUGCCUGUCUAUUUUGUCGUAAAAAUAUCACAGGAAAUGACACCACUUAGAAACACAAAGCCUUACAUACAAUUAGCAAUUCAAAAACCUUGGGAAUGGUAAAGAAAAAGAAAUGUGAAGUUGUUUUUUUGUCAUGGGAAAUUAAAACUUUUUUGUGAUAAACAUUAGCGCAGAAAAAGGAAAAAAAACGCUUUUACAUUCUUAAUUGGUGACGUCGUUAAAGAGUUAUUAGUUUCUAAACUCGUCUUUUUAUCAAAAUUGUCUUGCUGUUUUGAAUAAUUGUUAUGGUUUUAAUGGAAAAAAACUACGGUGCAAGAAACAGUUUUGUAAUAUAUAUUAAUUAGUGUCAAGCAGGCUCGGAAAACGAAGGUCUUUAAUUAAAGUGAAUUAUCAUUCACGGGUAGAGAAUUUAGGGCAGCAGAUUGCAAGAAAGAAAGAAAAUUUUUUCUACGAGGAAUAUGGGCAAUUGUUUUCCAUGGAAGUGGCUAGUUGCUCAGUUUUUAAACUAUCGCAUUGUGGUCACCUCAUUGUUUGUUAUAUCCUCAAUAGAUAUCUCAGCUAAAGCAAACUCAAAUUGUGAAAUCAAGUCUUCUUGCACAGCCGACUGCCAGUUUACUCAUCAAACUACAGUGGAUCCGGGCUCUCACAUAACUUUAAACUGCACGAUCUCCUCUGAAGCGGCAGAAAACGUAACCUGGGAACAAGCAAAGAAGCUAGUUGGGGAAGGAGAUGGCAGAUCAGAUCUAGCUGUACAGGAAAGUUCGCAAAAUACUUCGUGCCGGUGUACCAAGAUAUUCUUCGCACGCGAACUUGUGGUAGAUGGACAUACGGAAUCCCCGUAUCUAAUCCAGCAAGGAGAACGACCUUAUUUGGAGUGCACUUUCUCUGGAUGGCCACUACCGCCUGAAGUCAAUUGGUUCAGGGAAGAGAAGCUGAUCCCUAACGGGUCAAAAGCAGUUUAUCAGUUGGAUAGGAUCUCAGGAGAGAAAGAAAAUAGAACUCUUCAUAGCAGUCUCAAUUUUCAAGAUGCACGCGAGGAUCAGGCAGGAUUCUAUAAGUGCAAAGCUACAAACAGCAUUCCAGGCUGGUCAAGUAGCACAUCCUCAGAGAUACAGACGAUAUACCAGUGUCCACACGCACAAGACCCAAUUGUUGAAAAGUUGGAAGUUCUCGUGAGCAAAUCUUCUAACAUAAACUUGACCUGCUUGGUUUAUGAAUCUGAGGAAGGUUGUCCAGAUUACUUACGGUGGUACUUGAACGGCAACAAGUGGCUUCGGGAAAAAAGUGGAAAGUACAAAAUACUAAAGAAGAACACUCACUCCAAAUGCAAGGAAGAAUUUGUAUUGACCAUUUUUAACGUUACGAAAAAUGAUGAAGGAAAUUACAGCUGUGACUGGAACUGCGAAUAUUUUCCAACAAAGAGAGCUACCAUGGAGCUGAAAGUAUCUGUUGAGCCUGUCACUGACCCACCAACAGUGACUCACGUUUUGACUGGCCCCUCAUAUCCACCUUCAGUACAGCGAAAAAAGUGGCUAUUGCCAAUCAUUAUUCUGGCAGCUGUGAGUGGCGUUGUUAUUUUCAUUGCAGCCUUGCGGUUUGGUGUGAAAAAGAAGUGGACAUCAUCUCACGAACUUGAAAAGUGUGGGUUUAACGAUGAGGUGUUGAAAAAUCAACUUUUUGUCAGCUACAGCUCAAAAGACGUUGGCUGGGUCAAUGAGUAUCUCAUUUCACUGCUUGAGAAACACUCAAUAGCCUACAGUAUUCACAGCCGGGACUUUGAACUUGGGAAGCCCAUCGUUCAAAACAUGGCGGACAAUGUGUACGGUAGCCGUCAAGUGGUAAUUGUUUUAUCACAGAAUUACCUCGCCAGUAACUUUUGCCGCGAGGAACUACACAUGGCUUUUCAGCGGGGGUUGGACACGGGGGAUUCUUCUGUGAUUCUUGUAAUGAUCAAUAACUUGAAGAAAAAGCAACUGCCUGCUGCCUUAAGAGAAAAGCGUUUGCUGGAGUUUGAGAAACACAACAAGAAACAAGAGUGGGAAGAGAAAAUUCUAAGCCAGAUUUUAGAUUGGAAAACUGUCAGUGUUUAAAGAUGUUAGUUUGUUUACAGACUUUGAAUUCUAGAAUCUUUCAUUGGGCCGGCUAAAUUAGUGUUUAUUUAUUUUUCCUUUUGAUUUUUAUUCUGAUGCCGGAUAAACGAUGAUAAAGCACGAGGGGUUCAUGUAAAAUCUCUCAAUUCUGUGCUCAAACCAUUAAACUAUGGGUUGAAAACGUUGAGCCGCCAAUGAAUUAUUCAACGAGAGAAAUCGUACUCUUUGUGCCAAACUGUUUUGACUGGUUGGCGUCAGACCUCAUUGACCUCAUCCCAGUUUGCGUAUUUUGACUUCGUCGCUAUUUCACGUUUAUCCACUGCCGUACAACGCAAAGUAUUGACUGCCGUUGACCUCCGGUUAGCAUUUGCCUACUACUUUUAACUACUUGCAGACUAGAUAUCCAUGGUUUAAGUGAUUAAUAUAAAACCCUUCUGUCUAAGAUAUAAGGUAAUAAGAUAAGUAGUGGCUGUUUAUGACAAGAUCCUUUUAAUUGACAAAUAAAACUACAAGGCGGAGCUUC